AGCCAAUCAGCUGCUGGGACCGAGAGCGCGCAGACCGUCGUGAGGCGGAGGAAGUGGGCAGCCACCACGGUCGGUCACCCUCCAUCUUCGAUACCAUCGUAACGACAGUUUGCUUGAGGGGGAAACUGACAGAAAAAAAGGCGCACAGUUUGGAAUAAACUGCUGAAGGGGUGCAUGAAUCAUGAGCGGGCUGAAUGUCAAGAAGCUCAAAGUCAAUGAGCUGAAGGAAGAGCUCCAGCGGCGAGGCCUGGACACCCGCGGGCUGAAGGCGGAUCUGGCGGACCGAUUGCAGGCGGCGCUGGAGGCCGAGGCGGCGGGGUCUGCGCCAUCGGACGAGCAGGAUCAAGACUAUGAGGCUGGCGGGGAGCCGGGAGAGGGCAGUGAUUAUCAGGAAGAAGAAUUUGCAGCCAGGGAGCAAGAUUAUGGAGAAGAGGCCAAGGCACAGUUUGAUGAUGGAAACAGCACAGACCUUUACCAGGGUGGAUUUGAUGAUCAGGGAACCGAGAGUAACGAAGGCAAUGAGGACAGCACUGAGACCCCCAUACCUGGUUUUGGUAAAAGUGAUUAUUCAUCAGACGCGAUACCAGGACAGACGACGGAGCAGUACUCCGAUGACCAGGAUGAAUUCCAGGAGCCUCAGGCCAAGCAGCCGUACCCUGAGGAACCAGCCAGGAAGCACUAUAAGCAGGAUGAGGUGAAGCAGGAGAAUGAGGAGACUCCUUCACAUGCUGAGCCACAAGAUGAGCAGAGGUUUGACGAGCCAGCAUCACGGGAGAUCCCAGAAGGAGACUCAAGUCAGCGCAACCAGCAGGAAGAGUCCGAGGUGAAGACUGAGUAUAAGGCCGACGAGGAUGUUCCACAGCACGCUGAGCAGGCCGGCGACUGGGAUGCACAGGCCAAAUCAGAGGAUGAUAGAUACUCAUCAUACAGUCGCAAGAGGUCAUAUGAUGAUAGUCGAGGAUACGGUUACUAUGAACAUCGUGAGGAAAGGAGGGGAAGGUCACCACAACCCCCAGCUGAAGAAGAAGAGGAAGACAUUGAUGAUAAACUUGUGGUCAUUGACACCUAUAACUGUGACCUGCACUUCAAGGUGGCUCGUGACAGAUACAGUGGUUAUCCUCUGACCAUUGAGGGUUUUGCCUACCUGUGGGCAGGUGCUCGAGCCACUUACGGUGUUACCAAAGGACGUGUGUGCUUUGAAAUGAAGAUAAAUGAGGAAAUUUCAGUAAAGCACCUUCCUUCGUCUGAGCCUGACCCUCAUGUGGUGAGAAUCGGAUGGUCCCUGGAUUCUUGUAACACUCAACUUGGUGAAGAACCCUUCUCUUUCGGCUAUGGAGGAACUGGCAAGAAAUCCUCCAACUGUAAAUUUGAAGACUAUGGGGAAAAGUUCAGUGAAAAUGAUAUCAUUGGCUGCUAUAUUGACUUUGAAAGCAGUGAAGAAGUAGAAAUGGCAUUCUCCAAGAACGGCAAGGGGCUGGGCCCAUGUUUCCAUGUCUCUCGAGAGGAACUGGCUGGCCGUGCUCUUUUCCCACAUGUGUUGGUGAAGAACUGUGCUGUGGAAUUCAACUUCGGACAGAGAGAGGAGCCCUUUUUUCCUAAGCCAGAGGGCUUCACCUUCAUUCAGGAUAUUCAUCUAGAGGAGCGAGUCAGAGGGACACUGGGACCUGCCACUAAAGCUGAUUGCGAGAUCCUGAUGAUGGUUGGUCUGCCUGGUAGCGGAAAAACCACCUGGGCCAUAAAACAUGCUCAAGAGAACCCUGAAAAGAAAUACAACAUCCUGGGCACAAAUGCUAUCAUGGAUAAGAUGAAGGUCAUGGGACUUCGUCGUCAGCGCAACUAUGCCGGACGCUGGGACAUACUUAUUCAGCAGGCCACGCAGUGUCUCAACAGGCUCAUCCAGAUUGCUGCCCGCAAGAAGCGCAACUACAUCCUGGAUCAGACAAAUGUAUAUGGAUCAGCCCAGAGACGAAAAAUGCGUCCUUUUGAAGGUUUUCAACGCAAGGCUAUUGUAAUUUGUCCCACGGAUGAGGAUUUAAAAGAGCGAACGUUAAAGCGAACUGAUGAGGAAGGGAAGGAUGUUCCCGAUCAUGCUGUAUUAGAAAUGAAAGCAAACUUUGUGCUGCCCGAAGUCGGCGAGUUCCUGGACGGGGUGGCAUUCGUAGAGCUUCAGCGGGAAGAAGCCGACGCUCUCAUCAAGCAGUACAACGAAGAAGGCCGUAAAGCCGGCCCUCCCCCAGAGAAGCGCUUUGAUAACCGCCAGAGUGGUUUCCGCGGCCGUAGUAACUUCCAGCGCUAUGACAGUCGUGGUGGACCUCAGGGUGGCAGAGGUGGCUACCAGAACCGGGGCGGCUCUGGAGGCGGAGGCGGAGGCGGAGGCUACCGAGGAGGAUACAACCGUGGAGGCUACAACCAGAAUCGCUGGGGAAAUAACUACAGGGAUGGAGGCUCUGGAGGCCGUGGUGGAUACAACCGCAACCAGCAGUCUGGAGGCAGUUACAACCACAACCGCCAGGGCUCCUACAACAAGAGUGGCUCUGGAUCAUCUGGAAGCUACAACCAAUCACAGCCUCAGGCUUACAAUCAAGGCUACAACCAGGGCUACAACCAGAGCAACUACAACCAAGGGUACAACUACGGCAACUACAGUCAAUACCCAGGAUACAACCAGAGUUACAGUCAAACUCCAGCACCCACAGGACAGACUUACAACCAGCAGCAGCAGAGCUACAAUCAACAGUACCAGCAGUAUGCUCAGCAGUGGCAGCAGUACUAUCAGAACCAGAGCCAGUGGAACCAGUACUAUAACCAAUACGGCAGUUACGGCAACUAUAACCAGCAGGGCACCCAAGGCAGCCAGGGCGCCCAGGGAACACAGUAGUAGCAGCAUCGCAGCCGUUUCAGACGGCCCAUUCCCUAAGCAGCAUUCCUCAUGCCUUUUUUGUGCUCCUUCUCUUACCCAGUCUUACCCUUUUUUUGCCUGCUCUCUGUAAACGUUUAUUCUCUCCCUAUUUAUGCCAACCUUAAAGGUAACCACAUUUCUGUGGCCCUCCAUUGCUCUGUUUGAGUUUUGGUGAGAAGUAUCCCUUUUUUGCUCUUCUACUAAAUAUUUGUUUACAUACAGCUUGAUCUUUUUUUCCUCUGUGUACUUGUAGAUGAGAGGUUCGACUUUUGAAUUUAGUAAUGUGUGGUUUAGUCCGCUGCAAACAGCUCACACACUAUGAUGUGCUUGAAUGUUUCAAAAUAGAGCAGGAGACAUUUCUUGAGAAAGCUUUGCACGCUUAGAUUUACAUCUGAUGUAUAGAGCGAAAGAGAGGCAAGGUGUUUCUGUGUUCCAAUAGUUUUACCACUGAUUUUAUUUUUUUUUAAAGAACCACAUUUUGCGGUAGAUGGUCAUGGGUAUUGUUCUGUGUAUGAUCAUAUGCCUGUAUGUACACAUCGAUGUAAGACCAUGUAACACUUUUGUCUAGGUACAUCAUAUUGGACAUUUUAAUAACCUAAAUCUUGAAUAACACUUUUCUGAUGUCACAAGCCUGUGAAGGUUAUCAUUUUCCUUUUUAUAUACCAUUUUUAAAAUGACUCUGAUUGGUCUGAUGCACAUCUACUCCCAAAUUGCAGAUUAGUAAUGAUCCAAACUAGUUCCUUGUGUGGAUAUGUUUUUACCUUGUGUCUUGUCUGUAAAGCAGUAUCUGCAUAUGGUUUUGUGUCAAAUCAAAACACAUUAUUUUGUAUUUGAGAAUAUAAUCAGAUGAACCA